CUUUCGCGAUCGAAUUGCGGCCGGUCUUCAACGUUCCGUUGGCCGAUGUUGGUCAAUCCCAUGAUUCGAAUCUCCCCGGUCUUCAUGCUUGCUGCAUGCGUACUGCAUCUUGUAAGUCAAUAGCGCCGUGCGUCCUCAUCGGCCGAUGUCACUGCGCUUUUCUACCACAUCGAAGCGACUGCAAGCGCACAGUGCCGUCCAGGUCCUGCCCGUGUCGAUCUGGCCUCACUCGAAAUGCUUCUAACUCUUCUCAUAGCAAGCGAUCGCACAGCUACAAAGUUACGAAUUACGUCAAUGCCAACAGCUUUGCCCAAGACGGGAGCUCGAGGGAUGAAGAUGGCCUUUCCGUCGAUGGCUUUUAUAGCCUGCACAUCGUUGGCGGAGGUGAAAAUCAGCGGAGCUGGUCUGCUCGCAUUCGGGCAUGCCGCAGACUCAAGACCUUGAUCACGUUCGCGCUUGGCAUGUACGAAACCAAAUUCUAUCUCGGCCCAGUCUUUCGCGCCUAAGUCGAAUGCGGCGGAUCAGAUGAGGCUCAUAUCCUAAGAUGGGGAUCA